GCACGUAAAGCCUAGAGAUUAGGUCAAGGAGAAAAUUUGAUUGUGUUAUUUCCAAUUGUUCGCCAUGGAAAGGAGAAGGGCCAAGAUCUUUUUUCUGUGAGAAAGAGAGGCAGGAGAGAGAGAGAUAGAGAGAUGGGAGACGAGGACGGUGGAGGAGAUUCGCAGAGUGUGAAGAGGGCGGCAGCAGAUGCGUAUAAUUACGACGGCGAUCCUCGGUGGGCGGAGUAUUGGUCGAACGUGCUGAUCCCUCCCCACAUGGCAUCCCGAUCCGAUGUUAUUAACCACUACAAGCAUAAGUUCUUCCAGCGAUUCGUCGAUCCAGAUUUUGCUGUUGAUAUGAUAUCUUCAGCCAGUUCCUCAGAGUCAGCUACAGUAUCUUCUAGAGCUUCAUCGACACCAACAAGGGUGCAGCCAAGGCCUCAAAGUUCAGCAUCAAGAUCAGGAACUUCCGCAACGUCCCGCCGGAGCUCAAGUUCUUUGCGGUUGGAUAAGCAGACUAUUCACUUUUCUGUCAAUGCAUGGGUGUUGAUUGUUGCUUUGCUUGGCACCCUUCCACUUGUACCGAGGAAUCUUUCGAACAAGGCAUUUCGGUUGUCACUGCUGGGAACAGCUUUAUCGUCUUUUUAUUCAUUGUACACUCUAUAUCAUAUACCCCGGGCUUGGAAUCUUUCUGCUGUGCAAAUAUGGUUUCAGUCAAUAAUUGCAACAAAGGAUUUUAUCCACUUCAUGUAUUGUCUCCUGCUCGUUACUUCUCGACUGCACUUAAAACUUGGCUUAAUACCUGUGGUUUGCUGGUCUGUGGAACAUGUCGGCAAAUUCUUGAGCCGUAAUUUUUCACGAUCAUUAUUUUACAGGAGAUAUUUGGAGCAAGCUUGUCUUUUUGUAGCAGCGAACUCAACUACUCUGAGUAUCGUUAGUUCAAAUGCUGAGAUUGCACUGGGCUUCCUUCUGAUUAUCUCGCUUGUCUCAUGGCAUCGUAGCAUUUUGCAAACAUUCAUGUACUGGCAGCUGCUGAAACUUAUGUAUCAUGCUCCUGCAACUGGUGGCUAUCACAGGAAAAUCUGGUCCAACAUCGGCCUAGCGGCCAACCCGUACAUAUAUCGCUAUGCUCCUUUCCUUAACACUCCUAUCUCAGUUAUCCAGAGAUGGUGGUUCAGGUAGGAGAUUGUGAUGAGGUGUGAAGGGUGAAACGUAAAAAAACUCCUUUUUUUUUAUAAGAAUAUUUUCUUGAUUGAAAGUGAUAUUUUUGCUCACAGGUCUACCCUGUUGUUUUAGUUAGAUCUCAUGUAGAUCUCGACUCGAUACUCAACUUAUAAUGCCGGCCUUCACUUGUUUUUAUGUUGACCGGUUCUUGCUGUAUUGAUUUGGCGAACUCAUUUUUAG